AGCGCCUUGGGUUUGGUUUUUGGUCCUUCUUCUGGGGUUCAAGUACUUCGAAAGUUUUUAGCUUCAGCUGCUCUGCUUGCUUUCUCCUUCUUAAAAUCCUAUUUAUUUAAAUAAUAAACCAAAGCUCUGCUCAAUACAAACGUCUACUCUCUCUCUCUCUCUCUCUCUCUAGCUCAGCAAACCAAGUUGUGAUCCCGUUCCCGUUGUUUCUGGACCUCCAGUUGUCGGUUUCCGGUUGGAUUUGGCCGGAGAAUGGCAUAUAUGUGCGCAGACAGUGGCAAUCUAAUGGCGAUUGCUCAGCAAGUCAUCAAGCAAAAGCAGCAGCAGGAGCAGCAACAACAGCAGCACCACCACCACCAACAGCAGCCGCUCGGCGCUUUCUCUCUCACUCCCUGGCCCAACAACACUCACAGCCCCAAUUUGGGCUACGGGUUAACCGGCUCGGGGUAUACCGACCCGUUUCAGCUUUCCGGAAGCUCUGACGCCGGCGGGGAGCCUGGGUUUCCGUUUCCCAACUUGGAUCACCACCCCACUGGGUUCCGGUAUUCUGAUUUAGGCGGCGGUGGCGCGGCCGAGUUCGACUCGGACGAGUGGAUGGAUAGUAUCAUAGGCGGUGGGGAUUCAACGGAUAGUUCUAAUCUGCCCUCUGCUUGCGACACGUGGCAUGGCAGCAAUGCUGAUUUCGGUCUCUACGGUGCCGAUCCAUUCCAACCCCCCUGCCCGAGUCGACUCAGCAACCCCUGCUCCCCACCGUCCGAUCUCAACCGAGUCAUCUUCUCUGAAACUCAGAACCAGUUGCCAGCCUGGACCGCCCCUCCUCCGCCGCCACCAGCACCACAUGUUGUAGUCAAACAGGCCAAAUCAGCAGACCCUCCUCCGCAGCCAAACGACGCCGUCGGGGUCUCGUCAAGGUCGCCGGAGAUCGAGUCAGCGCCACCGCUACUGAAGGCCCUACUCGACUGCGCCCGGCUAGCCGAGUCCGACCCGGACCGCGCCGUCAAAUCACUGAUUCGACUCAGAGAAUCGGUCUCAGACCGCGGAGAUCCAACUGAAAGGGUUGGUUUUUACUUCACCGAAGCGUUGCAGAGCAGAGUAUCGUCCCUGCAAUCGGAGAAAAGCUUGGCGGCCACCACGACCUACGACACUGCUUGCGAAGACUUCACUCUCUCUUACAAGGCCCUCAACGACGCUUGCCCCUAUUCCAAGUUUGCCCAUUUGACUGCGAACCAGGCCAUUCUCGAAGCGAUGGAGAGAGCGACGAAGAUCCACAUAGUCGACUUCGGAAUCGUCCAAGGGGUCCAAUGGGCCGCUCUGUUGCAGGCCUUGGCGACCAGGUCAACCGGAAAGCCCAGCAGAAUUCGGAUCUCCGGCAUACCGGCUCCGUCUCUGGGGACAUCUCCGGCGGCCUCGCUUUUCGCUACUGGAAAUCGACUGCGCGAUUUUGCCAAGCUUCUGGAAUUGAACUUCGAGUUCGAACCGAUUCUCACUCCGGUUCAUGAGCUCGACGAGUCGUGCUUCCGGGUAGAACAGGACGAGGCCUUGGCUGUGAACUUGAUGCUCCAAUUGUACAACCUACUUGACGAGACUCCAACGGCGGUUCAAUCGGCUCUGAAACUAGCUAAAUCGCUGAACCCGAAGAUUGUGACUUUGGGCGAGUACGAAGCGAACUUGAGCCGGGUUGGGUUCACGAGCCGGUUCAAGAACGCGUUGAAGUACUACACCGCGCUGUUUGAGUCGCUGGAGCCGAACAUGACCCGAGACUCGCCGGAGAGGCUUAAAGUGGAGAAGCUUUUACUGGGUCGUCGAAUUGGCGGCGUGGUUGGGCCGGAGCAACCGGGAACCAAGAGAGAACGGUUCGAAGACAAAGAGCAAUGGAAGUAUUUGAUGGAAAGCUCCGGUUUUGAGCCGGUAGCUCUUAGCCAUUACGCAGUGAGCCAGGCCAAGAUCCUGCUUUGGAACUACAACAAUUCUUUGUAUUCUCUAAUUGAAUCUCCACCUGGGUUUCUCUCUUUGGCUUGGAACGAAGUUCCUCUGUUCACUGUUUCAUCAUGGCGUUAAUGGGUUUUGCUUCAAUUUGGGAAUUGGGUUUUUCACCAGGUCUUUUAAUACUGGGUGGAAGCCUAUUAGUUUCAGUACGCCAUUGACAGUGGUCUUAGUUCAGUGCUUCUUCUUCUUCUUCAUGAUCAGAAAUGGAACUCAGAGACUGCCCUAGUGAACUUACAGUUAGUAUUUAUUUUACUUCAGCAUAUAAAAUCACCUCCACCACCAUCACUCUUUUGAGCUUUUUGGGUCACAAAUUGCUUGUUAAUUUUUGUAGUUUCUUCCUAGUUUUUUAUCAUUCUCCAACGUUAUCAUGGUCUUCUCUGGUUUUUUUGUUUUUUUUGGUUGGGGUUUUUCUUACAGGUUUGAGACUCUGAAAUAUGACUAAUUGUAAAAAAAAAAAAAGGGCAUUGAAAAUCAAGGGGUAACAAGGUUCUGUCCCCUUUGUUGUCUGUAGUUUCUGUUUGUAAAUUUGAAUCUUCAUAUUGAAUUUAGUUUCUAUUUCUUCAGUUCAGCUUCAUUCUUUUGUCCAACAGAGAUUACUACCGUCAGAAAUGGUUAAUUGGUGAUCUCAUUUUUUAUUUUUACAUUAAAGCUUGCACUUUUCGAGUAUUCUGGCUUUAUGGCUGCAAGUUUGGUUUACCUCACAGGGGUUGUGGCUCUGCAAUUUAUUUCCAUGCCUAUCCCAUCAGGCAGGCAUCAGAUUUUUGUGACCUGCAGCAGCAGUAGCAGUGUGUAAUAGAUUUCUGACAGUUUUAAUUGCCUCAUUAUCCACCAGGUUGUGUCUCUGAAGACCGUAAUUAGGUUUGAUGAAGACCCAUUACCUGCGCAUGCAAAGCUGUGAUUUCUGUAAUUGGUCUCUUGAUGAGACGACCUGCUGUAAGUGAUCUGCCAGCAGAGAUCUUUUUUACUCCUGCUGCUCAACUUUCCAUAUUCAAAGGCUGCUGCUUUUGUUUCUGCCUCGUAAUCAAUUUCCUUAAACCAGCGCAAAAGACAAUGACUUGGAGUUAAAGCAACUUAGCAAUUUGCUUGAGCAUUGGAGUUUCUCGCCCAUCCAAUGUGUAAAUGUGUCUAUUUUUUCAAUCCAUGGGCCAUGUCUUCUUCCUGAUUAUGAUAUUAAUGCAUGUCCCUUUCACUCUGAGAUCAGUCCUUCUCUGGCUCUCUUUCAUACAAGCUUGGGGAGGAGAACCGACCCCUUUCCUGGUCUCUCUCUCUGUACAAAAUCAAUGGGCCAAAAGCAUGACAAAGAACGCAGUGGCACUGCAUGAUAAUGCUCUGCUUAUGGUCCGAGUGACCGUGACCAUUCAAGCCUCAUUGUAAAAGCAACCUUUGAGUAUAUAGAAAUUUGAUUUGCCUUCUA